AUGGCCGACACAGCUCCCGCUGCCAAUGGUGGCUCCAACAUUGAUGCCCUGAAGAACAACGCCGCUGCUGCAUAUGAUUCCGUCACCAACGGCCCCGUCGCUCAAAAUGUCAAGGAUCAGUCCGCCAAGACGUCUGCAGAGCUCAACAACCUCGCUGCAUCUCGCCAGACACCUACUCAACCCGCUGCCACUGGCCAGCCGUUGACGCACUAUCACUCAUUUUUCUCCGAGCUACUUUCCUGGAACAACCCCCGUGCUUCUGGAAUCGCUUACGCCUCUAUCGUUACUUUCAUCUUUGCGGUUAGAUACCUGGAUGUCAUUCGGUGGAGUCUGAAGCUUUCUGGUUAUGUUCUCGCUACCACAGUCGCUGCCGAGGUCGUUGGUAAGGCCAUCCUCGGCACCGGCUUCGCCAGCCAGCUUCGUCCUCGCCGUUACUACACGGUCUCGCGUGAGACUAUCGAGGGCAUGACAGGUGACGUUCACGAGCUUCUCAACUUCUUUUGCAUCGAGUCUCAGCGCAUCUUGUUUGCCGAGAAUGUCACCGUCUCUGCAGUUGCCUGUGUUGGAGCCUUGAUCUCGUACUGGCUGGUCAAGAUUGUCCCAUACUGGGGUCUCGCUCUCAUGACCACCACCCUUGCCUUUGUAGCCCCUCUUAUCUACAAGACCAACAAGGAGAUGAUCGACGAGCACCUGAAGCAGGUUUCCAGCAUCGUUGAGUCUCAGACAAACCAGCUCAAGGAGGUCGCUGGCAAGCAUACCGCGCAAGCUACCGAGCUCACCAAGCAGUACAUGGGAGACUACACCGCCAAGGCCCAGUCGCUGCUCCGUGGCCGCUCCCCCGAGACCGUCUCUAAGACGCCUGCUGCCCCGGUCCCUGCUGCACCGGCUCCUACGAACGAUCUGGCUCAGGACCUUCCUUCGGCCCCUACAACCGACAUUAAGACCGCCGAACCGACCAAGGACGAGAAGGAGCCUCUUCUGGCCUUGUAA